UCAAUAACAAUUACUUGGACGUUCUCUUCUUCCUCAGAUUAACGAGAAAUCUCUAAAAUGGCGUCUGUUUCUGCAAGUUUGCCUCCACCAUUGCUGCUCACUCAGAGAAAACCUAACCUCACAUCAGUUCAGAAACUCCCAUUUUCUCCUAUUCGAGAUAGAAGAAGCCAUAGCAUGGGUCUUAUGGUGAAAGCUAGUGGCAAAAGUUCUGAAUCAUCUGAUCUCGACGUCAUUAGUUCAAUUCAGAAUGUUUGGGAUAAGUCUGAAGAUCGUUUAGGUCUUAUUGGUUUGAGUUUUGCUGCUGUUGUGGCUCUUUGGGCUUCACUUAACAUCAUCACGGCAAUCGACAAAUUGCCUGUUAUCUCCUCUGGGUUUGAACUAGUUGGUAUCUUGUUCUCAACGUGGUUUACAUAUCGAUAUCUCUUGUUCAAACCCGACAGAGAGGAGCUAUCCCAAAUUGUCAAGAAAUCAGUAGCGGAUAUACUUGGCCAGUAAGGCAGUAAAACGCAUGUGUUAUUCUGAGAUGAUUUGUGAUUUGUCACAUGAUAGCUGUUGUUGUUAUCUCGAGUCCAGUUUCAUGUACUGAACCUGUAAAUACUAUAUUGUGGGUUUUGGUUGCUGUUUCUUGUAAACGAAUCAAUCAUUUCAUAUAAAGAAUUAAGACAUCAGGAUCAGUUUUAGCUUAAA